CUCAUGUCUCCCCACUUUACUGCUUUGAGGACAUUCUCAGCCCAUUAAACACAUCUUUAUGGGCAUACCAAGAGUCCACCUGUGAUUCACCCGAACCAUGACGGUAACCUCCAUGUAUACAGUGUCUCUGUCAAACAACAGCACUUCAUUUGACCGAAAAAACCAGUGUCUUUAUUCUGCUGGAAGAUGGAAAGAAAGGUUCGUCUCCCUGUGCUGAUUCCUGCUCCCCCCAGCAAACCUACAGAGCCUAAACCUCCAGCUGUCAGUCAUCGGAAAAAGUACAUUUCAAGUAAAAAAUACCCUUUGUAUGAAGAGGAAGGCCUCUACAGUGAAGUGAUCUCUACUGUUAAUUUACCGCCUUGUACACAGAGACAGUCCAUCCUUGAAGUCCGUGCACCAAAAGACAACGAUGGUGGCAAAUGUACAUCACAAAAAUUACCAAUGUCUUACUUCUGCCAUGGUGCAGAUUUACCCAAAGUCCAGAUGGCCUACCUAACUAUCCCUGGCAGGGUCCCCCGGAAAUUAGAGAUAGAAAGACUCCGAAGAGAAUACUUGGAGUUAAAUAUUGAAGAGCUCUUGGCAGAAAAAGGCAUCGAUUCUAAUCUCCUUGUGCCAAGACAUCAGUGCGCCUCAUCUGUGUCACCUUACCUCCCACUGGAAAUAUAUGACAAUGAAGAGUAUGACUGCCGUACUCCAGAAGACUGGCUGGCCCUGGGCAAAACGGAAAAAUCAUCUUAUUGUAAACCUAUACCAGGAAAAGCUCUCCUCCCUACAAAUGACUACAUUCUUAAUGAGGAUCCAAAAAGCCCCUCACUGCAGUACAGCUGGCAAUUAGUUGGAGUCCUUGACUAUAAUAAAGAAACAUGUCAGUACCUGGUGGAGAAGGUUUAUCCAAAUAGCAGAAUGACUAGUAAAGAAGGACAUUCUAUCCCAAAUAAAGGACAUCAAAACAGUCCACUAACAGGUGCAAAGGACUUUGUAACAGGAACUAGGUACUGGGUGCCCAGGAUACGGUUGUUAUUCAGAGCUGAGGACCCACGUGUUUUUGCACAGCGGAUCCAGUUUGCCCUGCAUUUGAGGGAAAACACAGAAGCCUUGAUUCUCUAUCAUUUAUCGGUGGACUGCAUGCCCAUCUGGGAAGGAAUGCCAUCUCUUGAUUCAAACAGUCUCCAGCGAAUCAAAAGCUAUGUCCUUUCCACCCCUGGCCUUAGACAAAAUAUUCUUGAUAAACGUAUGGGGAACCUGGAGAAGGAGAUUAAACUGGAUUACAGCCGGACUAUGAACUGCAUUAACUUUGACAAAGUAGUGAUGACCCAGCGCCAGCAGUUUAUGCAUGUAACGCUGCCACUGAAGGAGCCAAAGUGUGUGCCAAAAACAGGGUGCCAACCAGUUCCUGUGUUUGCCUACAUGAAGGCCAAGGCUGCAUUCGUAUUCCACUCCUUGUUAACAAAACCACAGGUGUUACGGGCACUAUCUAAAAUACGAUCAGAGUGUGAAAAAGUAGCAACCAUGCAACUGUUCAGCUUCGCCUUCACCAAACCUCUUCGACUUAAAGAUUUUGAAACACUCCAGUCUAAAACAUAUGGCCAGGUGAGCACUUUUCUUCAGGAGACAUGGAAAAAUACACUCACCAAUGCCAUAAGGUUUAACCUCCACCCUAUUGGCACAGGCUCAUUCAACAUAAACGAGUCUUGUUUGGAACUGUACAAGCUCUCCAAGCUGUCCAAACUGAUGACUGUUGUCCGUUACAACAUGGAGGACAGUCUGCGCUACCUUGUAGAGAAGUCACUGGUCAGUCUGACUCAGCUGCUGUUGGAUGCGUGUCACAGAGUGUUGACAUGUCCUCAAGAUAUGAUCUGGGGAAAGGACCUCAUCACAAGCCCAUACAAACCGAAGCAGACCACUCUGUUUCUGGUGGACUUGGUUCUGGAUCGAACUGGAGUUCAUUACAGUACACCUCUGGAGAAUUUCGAGACGUCACUUAUUUACCUGUUUGAUAAUGGCAUUGUCGCCACACACAAUCUAACACAGAUUGAAAAGAUGGUGCUGAGAAACAUGUUUAUUGGCUACGAUACCUUUCUUGAGUCAGUGCAGUUGUACGAGCCAAAGGUAAAUGAGCUCAGAGAGAAGGUUCGCAUGGCUCUGAAACAGGCCGUGAUACCUAUGAAGGCCUACGCAGCUGAGUUUACUGAAUACUUAGAGCUACAUAACCUGGACAUAGAAACCCAUGUCAAAUCACAUACUCAAGCAGAGCAGACAUCCCAGGGAGUGAAAAAAGAUGUGGAACAACAUCUCCAAGAGAAGGAAAAGCUUGAACACUCACUGCCUUCCUCCAUCAACAUUGGUCCAUUUACUGUCCGUGUAGAGGCUGUACUUCAGGAUUUAUCUAACAAACGAAAAGCUUUAGCAAACUCAGUGCUCAAUCAUCUCGCUUGGAAGCUACGGAAGCAGCUUGAUGAUGCAUGUGAAGAGUGUAACGACAUAAAUAGAAAACUAUGUGAGAAGUCUAAAUGCAUUGAGGAACUGUUUGAGAAGAAGGACUGGAUGAGGCAAAUCCCAGACCAGCUCAAAAGUUACAAGGAGAGAAUUGGCAAAAUUUUGUCAGAGUAUGAGGUAUUUGAAGAAUUUCAGUACAUCCUUUCAGAUGAUGAUUUCAACCAAAAGUGUACUGCUAUCACAUGGCCUAAAAAGAUAAUCAACCAGAUGGAAGCAACUGUUGUCCAACAAGUGGAGGAAGAGAAGCAUUUCCACAAGAUUCAGCUGGUUGACCAGAACAAACUGGAAGAACAUCUAGACUCUUUACAGAUGCUGGUUGCUGGGUUUGCAAGUCAUGGAGACAUUGAGCACUCUGAUGAGAUGGCCAAUAAGGUGAAGCGUAUAAGCAAGCAACUGCAAGAGUGUCAGACUAUGGCCCAAAUGUACAACAACAGAGAGCGUCUGUUUGGUGUUCCUGUCACAAAUUAUGACCGGGUUCAGAAGCUGAUAAAGGAAUUCCAGCCAUUUAUGGACCUUUGGACCACCACCUCCAACUGGAUAAAUUGGCAUCAGAGCUGGCUCAAUAGCCCACUAUCAUAUAUUGAUCCAGAGCAGCUAGAACGCAAUGUUACAGAAGCCUCUAAGACAAUACACAAAUGUUUUAAACAGUUUAAAGAUGUUCCAGAGUGCCAGAUGGUGGCAGCUUCAAUUCGUGACAGGAUCGAGGAGUUCCGUCCACACAUCCCUCUGAUCCAGGCACUGAGGAAUCCAGGGAUGAGGGGCCGCCACUGGGAGACUCUUUCUGAACGCAUCCAGAUCACAGUACAAAUGAAAGCCAACCUGACCUUCUCACGGUGCCUAGAGCUUGGCUUACAAAACUGUGUAGAUGACAUCGCUCAGGUUGCAGAAGUGGCCGGGAAAGAGUACACGAUUGAACAGGCUUUGGAAAAGAUGGAACAAGAGUGGUCAUCAAUAGUCUUUGAUGUGUUGCCAUACAAGGAGACGGGCACCUACAUCCUGAAGAGCCCAGAUGAAGCUUCCCAGCUGCUGGACGACCAUAUUGUCAUGACACAGAGCAUGUCAUUUUCUCCCUUUAAGAAGGCCUUUGAGUCUCAAAUCAAUACAUGGGAAAGCAAACUCAAAAUGACUCAGGAUGUACUAGAGGAAUGGCUGACAUGCCAGCGCUCUUGGCUUUACCUCGAACCCAUCUUCAGCUCUGAUGAUAUAAACCGGCAACUACCUGCAGAAGGACAAAGAUACCUGAAAAUGGAACAAAAAUGGCGGAAAAUCAUGAGAAAUGCUUUUAAUCAGCGAAAGGUGAUUGAGCUCUGUCCAAAUGCUCAUCUUUUAGCUGAACUGAAGGAGUCCAACAAAUUAUUGGAAUGUGUACAGAAGGGUCUUAGUGAGUACUUGGAGACAAAACGAGCUUCAUUCCCCAGGUUUUACUUCUUGUCAGAUGAUGAACUCCUGGAAAUUCUGUCUCAGACCAAGGAUCCUACCGCCGUACAACCACACCUCCGCAAAUGCUUUGAGAACAUUGCGCGGCUUCAGUUUCAGCCAGACCUACAAAUCACAGACAUGUACUCAGGAGAAGGAGAGGAGGUGAAGCUCUCCAUACCGGUGUGGCCCACUGGAAAUGUAGAAGACUGGCUCAGAGAUGUGGAGAAGUCCAUGAAAGCCACGCUGAGGGAAAACAUUGAACGUUCACUCAAAGUUUAUCCUGAGCAACCUCGUGUAGACUGGGUGUUAUCCUGGCCUGGACAGGUGGUGAUAGCUGGCUGUCAAGUCUUCUGGACUACAGAGGUGUCUGAGGCUAUAGAGCAGGGAGACUUGGAUGAGCGCCUGUAUCCUCAGCUGCAGACACAGUUGGGUGACUUAGUGCAACUAGUGAGAAGAGGUCUGUCUAGGAUGCAGAGGGCUGUGCUGUCGGCUCUCAUAGUCAUAGAAGUUCAUGCUAAAGAUGUGGCAGCCAAACUGGUGGAGCAGAAGGUCUCAAGCAUCAGUGACUUUGAGUGGAUCAGUCAGCUCAGAUAUUACUGGGCAAAAGAUGACUUGUACAUUCGUGCAGUGAAUGCAGAGUUUUUGUAUGGAUAUGAGUACCUCGGUAACUCUGGACGUCUGGUCAUCACCCCACUCACUGACAGAUGCUACUUGACCCUAACAGGAGCCCUGCACCUGAAGUUUGGAGGAGCUCCUGCAGGUCCAGCAGGGACAGGAAAGACAGAAACCACUAAAGAUCUUGGAAAGGCUUUGGCAAUUCAGACAGUGGUUUUCAACUGUUCUGAUCAGCUGGACUUCAUUGCAAUGGGAAAAUUUCUUAAAGGUCUGGCAAGCUCUGGUGCCUGGGCUUGCUUUGAUGAGUUCAAUCGCAUUGAUGUGGAAGUGCUGUCUGUGGUGGCACAACAGAUCACCACAAUACAAAAGGCACAGCAGCAAAGGGCUGAACGGUUUAUUUUUGAGGGCACAGAGAUCCCUCUUGUUCCCUCUUGUGCUGUAUUCAUCACUAUGAACCCUGGUUACGCUGGCCGUACAGAACUGCCUGACAAUCUGAAGGCGCUUUUUCGUCCUGUGGCCAUGAUGGUCCCUGACUAUGCUAUGAUAGCUGAGAUCUCCUUAUACUCAUUUGGGUUCAGUGAUGCUAAAGUCCUCUCAAAGAAGAUCACCACUACAUUCAAGCUCUCCUCUGAACAGCUUAGCUCUCAGGACCAUUAUGACUUUGGUAUGAGAGCUGUGAAAACUGUAAUCUCAGCUGCUGGAAAUCUGAAGAGAGAACAUGCAGACAUGAAUGAGGAAUUGAUCUGCCUGCGGGCCAUUCAGGAUGUCAAUGUACCAAAGUUUUUACAGGAUGACCUGAAGCUCUUCAAUGGUAUUGUGUCUGAUCUCUUCCCCGAGAUCAAACAAGAGCCAAUCAACUAUGGCACACUUGAAGAGUCCAUGCGUACUGUCUGUGCCAAGAAGAACCUUAAAGAUGUAGAUGGGUAUAUUAACAAGUGUAUUCAGCUGUACGAGACUACUGUGGUGAGACAUGGACUAAUGUUGGUUGGACCUUCAGGAUCAGGUAAAACCAAGUGUUAUGAGAUACUGAGUGCAGCACUAACAGCUCUAAAGGGCCAACCCUCUGUGAGUGGUGGUGUCUACGAGACGGUUCAGACGUACGUCCUCAACCCCAAGUCUAUAACCAUGGGACAACUGUAUGGGGAGUACGACUUGCUCACACAUGAAUGGACAGAUGGUAUCCUCUCAGCUCUUGUCCGAAGGGGAGCAGCAUCUAUGGACCAAGAGAAAAAGUGGUACAUGUUUGAUGGGCCAGUGGAUGCUGUGUGGAUUGAAAACAUGAACACCGUGCUGGAUGACAACAAAAAAUUAUGUCUUAGCUCAGGGGAGAUCAUCAAGCUCACUGACGUAAUGACCAUGAUGUUUGAGGUUCAGGACUUGGCGGUGGCAUCCCCGGCCACAGUGUCACGCUGUGGUAUGGUCUACCUGGAGCCCAGUAUCCUGGGCCUUAGUCCUUUCACAGAGUGCUGGCUGAAGCAGGUCCCUGAGGCCCUGAAACCAUACACAGAGCAGCUUACUUCUCUGUUUUCCAGGUUUCUUCAGGACUCCAUCACAUUUAUGCGUCAAUCAGUAAAAGAAGUGAUCACAUCGCUUGACAGUAACCUCACCUGUAGUCUCCUGAGACUCCUGGACUGCUUUUUCAAACCAUUCAGUUUUAAUAAGGAUGAGCGGUCGCCGCCUCAGAAGAAAUUGGAUCGUCUCAAGGAAUUGAUUGAACCCUGGUUCUUUUUCUCUCUGGUGUGGAGUGUCGGAGCCACAGGAGAUGCAGCCAGCUGCCAGCGGUUCAGUGCCUGGCUCAGGGACAAGAUGGCAAAAGAGACGAUUCAGUUAUGUUUUCCUGAGGAGGGUUUGGUGUAUGACUACAAUCUUGAUGAUGCAGGAAUAAGUAGCCUUAAGGAGGACGAUGAAGAAGACACGGACAGAAAAGUUCAGUGGGUCAGCUGGAUGAAGUACGCACAGAAUGUUGUAAUCACCCCUGAGACAAAUUACGCUGACAUCAUUGUUCCCACUGUAGACACAGUGAGGAUGUCCUUUUUGAUGGACAUGCUUUUAACCAAUAAGAAACCUGUUCUGUGUAUUGGGCCAACUGGUACAGGAAAAACCCUGACCAUGUCGGACAAGCUCCUGAAGAACAUGCCUGCUGAGUAUGUUACACACUUCCUCAUGUUCUCUGCCCGCACCUCAGCCAACCAGACUCAAGACUACGUUGACAGUAAACUAGACAAAAGGUGCAAAGGUGUGUUUGGUCCUCCAGUAGGAAAGCACUUCAUCUUCUUCAUUGAUGAUCUAAAUAUGCCAAUGUUGGAGACGUACGGUGCACAGCCUCCGAUUGAACUACUGCGACAAUGGAUGGACCAUGGAGGCUGGUAUGACAGGAAGCAAAUAGGGACUUUCAGGAAGCUGGUGGACAUCAACUUUGCCUGUGCCAUGGGACCUCCUGGUGGGGGCCGGAAUCCCAUCACCCAACGUUUCACUCGCCACUUCAACUUCUUGUCCUUCACUGAAAUGGAAGAUGCCAGCAAGAAGCAUAUUUUCUGCACCAUUCUAGGCAGUUGGAUGGGACCUGUACCAGAAAUCCAGCCAUUGAAAGAGGCUCUUGUAGACGCCACAAUCCGAGUAUAUUCUACCAUCACUUCCCAGCUCCUCCCAACACCAACCAAGUCUCAUUACACCUUCAACCUCAGAGACCUGUCCAAGGUCUUCCAGGGCAUCCUCAUGGCUGAGGCUGGCAUGAUCGAGGACAAAUUGCAACUGCUACAGCUGUGGUACCAUGAAAGUUGCCGAGUUUUCCAGGACCGCCUGGUGUGUGUUGAGGACAGGGACUGGUUUAAUGCAAUGCUGAAGGAUUGUAUUCAGGAGUUCGACUGUAGCUUUGAAGAUGUUGUGACUUGCCUUCCUGUUUUGUAUGGAGAUUUCAUGAAUCCUGGAGAUGACCAAACGGUCUACACACUCAUAGAAGACAAAGACAAGUUGGUGAAAGUAAUGGAAGAGUAUAUGGAAAACUACAACGAGAUGAACACCACCAAGAUGAAGCUGGUACUCUUCAUGGAUGCCAUCGAACACAUCUGCCGAAUCAGCCGUAUCCUGCGCCAGCCGUUAGGCAAUGCUCUGCUACUGGGAGUUGGAGGCAGUGGUCGACAGUCACUCACCAAACUGGCCUCAUUUAUGUCAAACUAUGAGUGCUUCCAGAUUGAGUUGUCUAAAAACUACGGACUGACAGAGUGGAGGGAAGACCUUAAAGGCAUCAUGCUGAAGGCUGGCCUACAGAAUCAGCAGAUCACGUUCCUCUUUGUAGACACACAGAUUAAGAGCGAGUCAUUCCUGGAAGAUAUCAACAACAUCUUAAACUCUGGGGACGUUCCUAACCUCUAUGCACCAGAUGAGCAAGAACGCAUCUUAAUAGCUAUGAAGUCAGUGGUCCAAGACCUGGGCCAGCAGCUGACUAAAGCCAAUCUAAUGGCUGCUUACAUCAGGAGGGUCCGCAGUAACAUCCACACUGUACUCUGCAUGAGUCCUAUUGGUGAGGUGUUUCGUGCACGACUGAGGCAGUUUCCCUCACUGGUCACAUGUUGUACAAUAGACUGGUUCAGUGCUUGGCCAGAAGAGGCUUUACAGGCUGUGGCCACAUCAUUUCUCAGUGAAUUGCCUGAGCUAGAAGCCAGUCCUGCAGCCAUGAAGGGACUGACCUUGAUGUGUGUGAAGAUCCACCAGAUGGUUGCCAUGAAGUGUGAUCAGUACAAGACUGAGCUUUCUCGACAUAAUUACGUUACACCUAAAAGUUACCUUGAGCUGCUGAAAAUAUUCUCUGAUCUCAUUGGACGGAAAAAGAAAGAACUGUGCACUGCACGCCAGCGCAUGAAGACUGGUCUGGACAAGCUUCUUAGCACAGCAGAGGAUGUGAGUAAGAUGCAGGAAGAGCUGGAGACGAUGAGGCCUCUUCUGGAGGAGGCCGCUAGAGACACUGAGCUCACCAUGGAGACUAUCCAAAAAGACACAGUGAUUGCAGAGAAGACCCGUAAGUCAGUUCAAGCAGAAGAAGCUAAAGCUUCAGAGAAAGCCCGUAUCGCAGAGGGCAUUGCAGAAGAUGCUCAAACUGAGUUGAAUGAGGCUCUACCAGCCUUGGAUGCUGCCCUCACCAGCCUUAAGUCACUCAACAAGAAUGAUGUCACUGAGGUGCGAGCCUUACAGCGGCCUCCCCAGGGGGUGAAGCUGGUUAUUGAGGCAGUGUGCAUUAUGAAAGGCAUCAAACCCAAAAAAGUACCUGGAGAAAAACCUGGUACAAAGGUUGAUGACUACUGGGAUCCUGGAAAGGGUCUCCUUCAGGACCCUGCAAAGUUUCUGGAGAGCCUCUUCAAGUAUGAUAAGGACAACAUCCCAGACAAUGUGAUCACUUUAGUCCAGCCCUACAUUGAUAAUGAGGAAUUCCAACCAGCCUCCAUUGCCAAAGUCUCCAAAGCUUGUACCUCCAUUUGUGAAUGGGUGCGGGCCAUGCAUACAUAUCACUUUGUGGCCAAGGGGGUGGAGCCUAAAAGGCAAGCUCUUAAAGAGGCCCAGGAGGACUUAGCUGUGACCCAGCGAAUCUUGGAUGAUGCCAUGGAAAAGUUGGCAGCAGUGGAAGGUGGCAUCGCCACUCUACAGGCCAAAUAUGAGGACUGUGUGGCAAAGAAAGAUGAGCUGGACAAAAAGUAUCGGCUGUGCGAGGCCCGCCUCAUCCGAGCAGACAAGCUCAUAGGAGGCCUGGCUGAUGAGAAAGUGCGCUGGAAGGAAACUGUGCAACACCUCGAUUAUAUGGUCAAUAACGUGACAGGUGAUGUGCUUCUGUCUGCAGGAUAUGUGGCAUACCUGGGACCCUUUACUGGAGAAUACAGGGCAGCCAUGGCUGAGGAGUGGUUGAAUUGUUUCACAGAGUUGAGUGUUCCACAUACUGACGAACCCAACCUGAUCAACACUCUUGGAGAUCCUGUCAAGAUCCGCUCAUGGGAGAUAUCAGGUUUGCCCAAGGACAACCUUUCUGUGGAGAACGGUGUGAUUGCUCAGUUUUCUCUACGCUGGGCUCUGUUCAUUGAUCCUCAGGGACAAGCCAAUAAGUGGAUCAAGAACAUGGAAGAGGAAAAUGGACUGAAAGUAUUGAAGCUCAGUGACCGGGACUUCCUCCGCAACCUGGAGAGUGCCAUUCAAUUUGGAAAUCCCUGCCUCAUGGAAAAUGUUGGGGAGGAACUAGAUCCCACAUUAGAACCUGUCUUAUUGCAACAGACAUUUAAGCAUCAAGGCAGCACAGUGUUGAAGCUUGGUGACUCAGUCAUCCCUUACCAUGAAAGCUUCAAGAUGUACAUCACUACCAAGCUGCCAAACCCUCAUUACUCUCCUGAACUCUCUGCCAAAGUCACUCUUAUUAAUUUCACACUUUCACCCAGCGGUCUAGAGGACCAGCUGCUGGGCCGUGUAGUGGCUGAGGAGCGUCCAGACCUGGAGGAUGCUAAGAACAAGCUGAUCACCAGCAACGCCCAGAUGAAACAGGAGCUAAAAGAAAUUGAGGAUGAGAUUCUACUCCGACUCAGCUCCACAGAAGGAAACCCAGUGGACAACGAGGAGCUCAUUCAAGUCUUGGAAGCUUCCAAGAUCAAAGCUGGACAGAUUGAGGCCAAGGUCAUGGCUGCAGAGAAAACAGAGAAGGACAUUGAUGCUACUCGUCUGGAGUAUGUACCAGUGGCUGUGCGUUCACAGAUCCUCUUCUUCUGUGUGUCAGACCUCUCCAACGUAGAUCCGAUGUAUCAGUACUCUCUGGAGUGGUUUCUUCGCAUCUUCAUGGCUGCCAUAGCUAAUUCUGAGUCAGCAGAUGCUGUGGAAGAAAGAAUCAACAACAUCAAUGAAUUUUUCACGUUUAGCCUGUACAGCAAUGUGUGCCGCAGCUUGUUUGAGAAGCACAAACUUAUGUUCGCCUUCCUUCUGUGCACUCGCAUCCUGAUGAACAAGAGCAAAACUGACAUGGCUGAGUGGCGGUAUCUGUUAUCUGGAGGAAUGCCUACACAAGAGCUUCCCAACCCAGCAGUAAGAUGGUUGUCAGAGCGUGCUUGGCAGGAUGUCUUGGGCCUCAGUGCUCUAAACAACUUCACCAAACUAGCAGAGAGCUUCUCUGAGCACCUGCAUGGAUUCCAGCUAAUUUUUGACAGCAGCCAGCCUCACAGGGAGCCCCUCCCUGGUGGGUGGGACACCAAGCUAGACUCAUUUCAGAAGCUGUUGGUCCUGCGCUGUCUGAGGGCUGACUGUCUUGUUCAAGGUCUGCAGGACUUUGUGUCGGCUCAGCUGGGACAGCGCUUCAUAGAACCUCAGACAUCAGACCUGGCUGUGGUCUUCAAAGAGUCAUCCCCCUCCACUCCUCUCAUCUUUGUCCUGUCCCCUGGCACUGAUCCUGCUGCUGACCUGUACAAGUUUGCUGAUGUUAUGCAGUUUUCCAAGAAAAUGAGUGCCAUCUCUCUGGGCCAAGGCCAGGGCCCCUGGGCUGAGACCAUGAUGCACACUGCUAUGGAAAGAGGCCAGUGGGUCUUCUUCCAGAACUGUCACCUGGCACCCAGCUGGAUGCCUUCACUGGAGAGACUCAUUGAACAUAUCAACCCAACAAAGGUGCAUAAGGACUUCCGUUUGUGGCUCACAAGUCUGCCUAGCAACAAGUUUCCAGUGUCCAUUCUCCAAAAUGGUUCCAAGAUGACCAUUGAGCCUCCUAGAGGGAUCAAGGCCAACCUCCAGAGGACCUACCUGAGACUCACCAAUGACUUUAUCAGCUCCUCCACCAAGACUACACAGUUCAAGUCUCUGCUUCUGUCUCUGUGUCUUUUCCACGGAAUCGCUCUGGAGAGAAGGAAGUUUGGCCCACUGGGCUUCAACAUUCCCUAUGAGUUCACUGAUGGAGACUUGAACAUCUGCAUCAGCCAACUCAAAAUGUUCCUGGAUGAGUACCAGGACAUUCCAUACAAGGUGUUAAAAUACACAGCCGGGGAAAUUAAUUAUGGUGGGAGGGUGACAGAUGACUGGGACAGACGCUGUCUGCUCAGUGUACUGGAAGAUUUCUACUGUCCAGCUGUGCUCAGUGCAGAUCACAUCUACUCGUCUUCUGGGGUUUAUCGACAGAUCGACACAAAUCUGGACAUCAAGGGGUACUUGGGAUACAUCCGUGGUUUGCCCAUCAACGAUACGCCCGAGAUGUUUGGUCUCCAUGACAACGCUAACAUCAGCUUUGCCCAGAAUGAGACCUUUGCCCUCCUGGGAGCCGUGGUUCAGCUGCAGCCCAGAGCUGCAUCUGCUGGUGGUAAAACUCUGGAAGAGAUUGUGGAGGAGAUAGUGGCAGGCAUCGUUGAAAAGAUCCCACAGCCGUUCAGUGUUCAGGAGGUGAUGGAGAAGUACCCGGUCCUUUAUGAGGAGUCCAUGAAUACUGUACUCAUCCAAGAGGUCAUCAGGUAUAACAAGUUGCUCUCAGUCAUCUCUAAGAGUCUCAGUGAUAUUGUGAAGGCUCUAAAAGGUUUAGUGGUGAUGUCCUCUGAACUGGAGCUUAUGGCCAAUAGCCUCUUCAACAACAUGGUGCCUGAUAUAUGGAAAGCCAAGGCCUACCCAUCUCUGAAGCCUCUGGCCUCCUGGGUGUCGGACCUACUUCAGAGGAUCAAUUUCUUGCAAAGAUGGAUCUCUAAUGGCAUUCCACCUGUCUUCUGGAUUAGCGGCUUCUUUUUCCCUCAGGCUUUCCUCACGGGAACGCUCCAAAAUUAUGCCCGUCGCUCUAGAAUAUCCAUCGACACAAUUGGAUUUGAUUUUGAGGUAAUAGCGACUUCAGUGUCAGAGAUAACAGAGAAACCAAACACGGGCUGCUACAUCCACGGUCUAUUCCUGGAGGGGGCUCGCUGGGAUAAUGAGGCGGGUCAGCUCACACAAUCCAGGCCAAAAGAACUCUACACAGAAAUGGCUGUCAUCUGGCUCAUCCCCAAAGCCGAACGCAAACCUCCCUCCUCCGGGGUCUAUAUCUGCCCCAUCUAUAAGACCCUCACACGUGCCGGAACUUUGUCCACAACGGGCCAUUCUACCAACUAUGUGAUUGCGGUGGAGCUGCCGACAGAUCACACUCAGAGACACUGGAUCAAACAGGGAGUCGCCCUCAUCUGUUCACUAGACUACUAACAUGAACUCACACUUUAUCACAAUCACAUGCACUAACAAGCAUUUUCUAAAUCUUUAGCCUGCACUUAUAUAAUAAGCAAAGACUAUUUGCAGUUGCAGCCACUGGAAAAAAAUAAAAUCUCUGUACACUUUAUAUCCACUUGUCUGUAGUAUUAAAUCUUUUGCAGUGUUACUGUGAUACUGUCAUUUAGAGCAGGGGUGUCAA